CUUUUUCAUUCAAAAUCGCCCAAAUCUGAAAAGCUCCAUUAAUUCCACCCGCAACCCUCAAAUCUAACAUUCACUCUUCCCCUUCUCCGAUCCCAAUCUUCCAUCUCUGCAUUUCAGUCUCCACAAAUGGGUGGAAAGCUUCAAAGCUUGCCACCUCUCAAGAGGUUCACUCAGAUGCAAAAAAACCAAGAAAACGCCGCCCUUUCCUCAAACCUUCCUGCUAAAAAACGAAAACUAGAAACAGGACCGCCACCGAAUUCUCCACCUCCCUCCACCCCCACCGCCGCCACCACUUGUUGCCUUCCGGCGAAGAAAAGAAUCUGGGCAAUCCAUCCACUAGACCUCAAUGUCGAGUACAACCCAGUACCUGAUGACGAGGUUGGGUCAAAAGAAGUCAACGCUUCACGAAAACCGGAACCAGACGACGACGACGGGAUAUUGUGUGCUGUGUGUGAAAGCACGGACGGGGAGCCGUCGGACCCCAUCGUCCUUUGCGACGGCUGUGAUCUGAUGGUUCAUACCACUUGCUACGGGAACCCUUUGACAAAGGGUGUCCCGGAAGGCGAUUGGUUUUGCGCUCGGUGUAUGGCGAAAGACGAAAAGCCCAUCUCUUGCUCCCUCUGCCCGGCGGCCGGCGGCGCUCUUAAGCCGACCAGCGACGGAAAAUGGGCCCACCUUGUUUGUGCUUUAUUCGUUCCUGAGGUGUUCUUCACUGACCCAGAAGGCAGAGAAGGGAUUAAUUGCAGUAAAGUGCCAAAGAGGAGAUGGGAUCAAAAGUGUUAUCUCUGCAAAUCAAGAAGAGGAUGCGUUCUUGAUUGCGCUGAAGUCAACUGCACCUUAGCCUUUCAUGUCACUUGUGGGGUGGAACAAGGUUUGUGCAUUGAGUAUAACCAGGGCAGGAGUAAGGGUGACAUUGUGGCUGGAUUUUGCAGAGCCCACUCUGAUUUGUGGGAAAAGCAACAGCAAACUGGAAAGUUCAAGAUUGUUGCCAGAGAUGAGAAGAAGUAACAGAGAAGGGUGAAGACCUGGAAUUGAAACAUCCUCAACUCUUUGAAGAGAAAUGCCAUUUUUAGUGGGAAAAGUCAAAUAUACUGUAGUUUGUGCCACGAAGUUAGAAAAUUCAUGGCUGUUUCGAAGUUUUAGUUAAGAUUUAAUCUACGGGGUAAUAGUUUUUCAAUUUUUGUUAGUAAUGAUAUUGUGUAUCAUGCAUUUAUUUCAAUGUGUAAUUCAAGUAAUCUCGGAAUCAGAA